AUGUCUAUAAAAUGUCUAUAAUUUGGUGAUACUUCAUAUUUCGACGGCUAUUGUGUGAGCGGUGGUAUGACGGUUAGCAUGAGGCCCAAACAGCGAUUCACCAAAACAAGUCGAACAAAGAGAAUCUAAAAUUUACCGUCACCUUUAACUUUUGAAACGGGGUUUUCCUAAUUUCUUACACAUUUUUUAUAUAUUUAGUUUUUGUAACUUCAUAUCAAUUUAUAUGAAAACGCCUAUUUGUGUUAAUCCAUUUGUCGCACUGCUGAACCAUUUAAAAUGAACGAUUGAAGGACAUGAUAAACCUAAGAUUCACAUAUACCUUUUAACAUAUGUGUACACAUUAACUUAAAUUCUUGAUGUUGAAACGUUUAUGGACAUGUUAUGUAGUGUGUCAGCGACGCAUUUAUUCAUGUUUCUUCAGCAAUAUUUACAUGCUGUUUGCUAGGGGUGGGAAUCACAAAGUAACUGGCGAUAUGAAAUAAUAUCGAUAUUUUGGUCACGAAACGAUAUUAUUGCGAUUCUUUAUUGUUGGUUUAUUGCAAUUCAAAACUUCGAUAUAUUACGAUAUUUCUGGACUUAAGAAAACUGCUUCUAAAUCACCAAACGAUUUGUUAAAUUAAUAUAAAAGUGCCCGUUUAUUUCCUGAUAUCUAUUUCUGUGGUAAGGUCAAUGUAGCUACUCUUUCUAAAAAUGCAAUAGUAGCCUAAACACUUUAAAAACAUUUUUUAUUACAACACAGUUUCAUACACAAAGUAUAAUAGAUUUCACCUAAAAGGUUUGCCUAUUUUAUAUGAUACUAACUUUUUAGUCAAAAUGCCUCAGUUAAAGGUGCUAUAUGUAAUAUUUUUACUGUACUAAUUCAUAAAAUGGAUAUAAUAUAUCAUUAGAGAAUUAGGAAACAUGCUAAGUUGAAAUACUGGCUUCUCCGAUAACAAUGCUACAGCCAGUAUACUCUACUUUGAAGUUUCCAAUUCGGGCCGGAAUUUGUGUUUAUGUUUUGGCUUGUGUGAUCCCGCCCACUCACCAAUAGUAUUUCGACACCGCCGGGUUGCCAGAUUUGAACAAGUUUGCAGGCAAACAACACUGUGUGCUGCAGCCAUGGAAGCCAGCAAACGAACUGGAUCAGAGAUAACAGAUUCCACCCGACUUAAAAAGGCUCGCCAUCCGUCUAAAAAUCACCAUGACCAGAGGCGUAGUAAAACAAGGAUAAAUACUGGAGAUGCCUUUGGAAGAUGGAGACAGCUUAAAGCCCAGAAAUCCUUUAAAACUGAUGCUAAGUUGGCUAAUUUGCAUGUCAACAUUCUGGCAACCCCCAUGAGCUUCAAGUCUGGGCAGACAACUCUCCAAUAUUUUGAAUUUGGACUGCAGUACCCAUUUCAAAUGCUUGUUGUCAAGCUUACAUAUAGCACUUUUAAUGUUACUACUGUAAAAUCGUUAAAAAAAUGAGUAAGGGAGUGUGAUUAUGUGUAAAGCAUGAUAACUGCACCUUCUAAGGGGCUGUUGUUGAAUUCCUAAGAUUGAUUUGGCAAAGAAAAAUGUUUCCCAUUACCACAAUAUUAAUGUGGGAAAAUGUAAAUAAUAUCGAUAUUUGGUGUGCAAAUAUCAAUGUAACACGAUACUUUCACAUAUCAAUAUUUUUUCCCACCUCUACUCUUUGCCCUAUUGCUGGUGCUAAGGUUUAAUAAACCCACAGACAUUGCAGCACAUCCACCAAGUGUGAAUGAUUUGAUUUCUCAUCUCAAGGUAAGAUUGAUCAAGACGACACGUCAUUGGAUUCACCGGCAGACUUUCCACCUGAGGCUGAUCUCUUCAAUAUUAUAUUAUCAGUAUAAGGAGAACAUAUUCUCCUUAUUCUCCACCUUCUUGACAGGUGAACAGUUACCAUUAUUGCGCAGAGCUACGUUGCUUGGCAGUGCCAGAAAGGUCCUACACACCUUGAUCAUCGUUGGAUUUGUUUUCGUACUAUUUUCUUGUAACGUUGACUUUCGAACAUGUCUUACAAUCAUCCGUUCCGAAACCCACCAGAUAAUAUGUACUCUGACUCACAACGCAUGUAUCCCCGAGAGUCCAGCACUUACAGGUCAAGAAUUAGGACCACAUCUCCAGAGCAGACUCAGUCCUCUUCCGAAGCCAGUGUCCUUCCACCUGGUAAGGCUUUGUCCUUUCUGCACAGCUGCGGACUAGAUGCUGAGGACCUUAAAACUCUUGCUGAGCUACCUGAGCAUCUCAUCACAUCUGAGACACUUCCUGACCUGCUUGCACAGAUCAAGAAGAAGAAAGCAGCCAACACAACAUCAUCCAGGUGCAGUUUAUCAGCUCACUCCUGGAAUGAUAGGAGCAACACUCAACCGGUUGAGUGUCCAGUGGAUUUGCCCAUCCGUCAGGCAUAUCAUCGAGAGCAAGUUCCGACUUGGGAAGACCAAUGGGGAAAUGUCCAGAAAGCCAGCUCACCAACACGUUCGUACACCAGUUCUGAGUCAAACUAUGUCAUUGAGUACAACCAUCUGAAAAACAAAGAGUCUUAUUUUGAUAAAGCAGCUUAUGCAACAGAACCAUCAAGACUGAAAACAUCAGUGGUCUCGCAGUCUUACUCUAACUACAGCAGAGACGACAGUCAACCUUCAUAUCUGUCCAGCAGAGACAUCGGUCAGUCCACAAACCGGUCCAGCAGAGACAUCGGUCAGUCCUCAGUCCGGUCCAGCAGAGACAUCGGUCAGUCCUCAGUCCGGUCCAGCAGAGACAUCGGUCAGUCCUCAAUCCGGUCCAGCAGAGAUAUCGGUAUUCCACCACUCCUGUCCAGCAGAGACAUCAGUAUUCCGCCACUUCUGUCCAGCAGAAACAUCAGAAUUCCCCCACUCCUGUCCAGCAGAGAUGUCACUCAAACCUCACACCUUUCCAGCAUUCCCCCACUCCUGUCCAGCAGAGACAUAGGUCAACCUGCACAUCACCGGAGGACUGAGAUGGUUCAUAAAGUGCCUACCAGGAAGGAGGCGUCAGACUUCCAUGGGAAAGUCCCACCAGUGUUUCCCUAUGCGUGUGUACUCUGCGAAAUCACUGUCCUCUCUAACAAUGACUGGUCUGUGCAUAUAAAUGGAGCUCAACAUGCUAACAGUCAACUCAGUCUUGUGGAAAAGUAUCCAGAAUGGGAUCAAAAGGUCCGGUCUGCUCGAAGGAAUGAGUCCGUUCCUGAAAGAUCACAGCCUAGAGCCACGCAGGAACGAGGUGGAACAUCAGGCAGUAGAAAUGGAUCGUCGAGCAGUAAAAGAAAAUCGUCAAGCAGUAACCAGAAUAAAACGGAAGCAAGCGAGAAGUGCAAAGUGGUGUGUGUGAAGUUCGAAGCGGUUGAAGUUGAUGAAGCAUACCUGAAAAAGUUGCUUGGCCAGUUUGGACCGAUUGUCAAAAUGAUCAUGUUUCCUAAGCUGGCUUUUGCGGAGAUGGGAUCAGCAGAACAGGCAGAGGAUAUAGUUAAAUACUUCUUACACAACCCCUUGAAGAUCAAAGGACAAAUGCUAGAAUUCACUCUGUCUGCAGCGUUCAGUUUUCUACAGAGUUCCAGUGUAGUGAGCUUUUCACCGUUGCCUGCUGGAGAUAGCAUAAGCUCCGAGUUGAUGGCCGUUGCUAAGCGUUUCGGAUCAGUAAAACAUUCCCUGUUUUUACCAAGCCGGGGUUAUGUGGAGAUGGCCAGUCCGGAAGAGGCUAGCAAACUGGUGGAGCAUUAUUCAACCAAUUCACUCAAAUUAAAAGGAAAAACCAUUAAUGUUUGCUUCUCAUCUGAGUACAAGACACUUGGUGAAAAAGAAACAUCACCAAUACCUCAAAGCAGCUCCAGAAGGAGGAGGAGGAGUGCAAGCCCACAAAGGAGAUCCCACAGUUCUCGAAGAGACUCUCCCAGCCCCAAACGGAGAUCCUCGGCAGAGAGGUCCAGGUCUCGCAGGAGUUCCAACUCUAAGAAACGAGAUGAUGGGCGACGAUCUAGGGAGAGAACUAAGGAGAGUUCUAGGCGAGAGAGCUCUAGACGGGACAGCUCUAGACGGGACAGCUCUUCCAAAGCUCAUUCCAGAAAGUCUUCUAAAGACCAAAGUAAAAAAACAGAUGAGAGUGCGAAGAAGAUCAAAGAGAAGAUUGACGAUAACAAGGAUCAGUCUGGCACCAUGGAAGAUGAUACCAUGGAUCAGUCCAAGACUAGGGAAGAUGAUACCAUGGAUCAGUCCGAGACUAUGGAAGAUGAUACCAAUGAUCAGUCCGACACUAUGGAAGAUGAUAGUGACCUUGAAGGAGUGGCAGUUAUAGCAGAUGAUGGCGAAGCGCUGAAUUCAGAAAAUGAAGAGUUCAAAGAAGAUGCUGAACCAGACGAUCAGGUGCAAGAUGCCUCAGCAGAACUUUCUCAACAAGAAACAUCUGAGGAAAUGCCAAAUGUGGAACAGUCAAAUGACCAAACUAUAUCUCAAGACAUGGACACAUCAAACAUACAUCCAGAGACAUCAGAGCAUGUUCCAGAUGCUACAACUACAAAUGGAUCAAGUGAUUGUAAGGAAGCCCAAGAUCUUCAACAAGAACAAGAAGCUCUAAAAGACGAAACUGUGGCAAUGGAAGAGGAAAUUGAAGAUUUUCCGAAGAGUCUAGAUAACUGCAUCACCUUAGACGAAUUUAAGGAGAAAACGGUGGAAGAACAUGUGACUGAACAAGGUGAUGACCAAGAUAUCUUAGCUUCAAGCACUGAGGAAAAGUUUGGCAAAGUCCUUGAGGUGAUUGGUUUUCCUGUGGCUAAAAAAUAUUCUGAAGCUGAUUUGCUGAACAUCGGGAAAAAAUAUGGAGAUGUGACCGACUGUUGUCUGGUUCGCAACAAUGGAAAGGUGGAGAAGGCAUUAAUCGAGAUGGUGAAUGCUGCUGACGCUGCGAAAAUUGAAGCUGAGUCUAGUAAGAAGAAAAUUAAACUAGGUGGCAGAAUCUUGAGGAUAACUGUGUCAAAGACAUACACCCAAGUGAAAGAAGGGAAAAGUGUUGACUCUGAAUCUGGAAAAGUGGAAUGUGAAGAACAAGUUGAAGAGAUGAACAAGGAGCUCUUACACUCUGAGACUUCCUGUGAGGAAAGUUCAGGAGUGCUUGAAGAGACCAUAAAGGCCUCUGAAGAAGGUGCUGAAGCUUCAGUGGAGAGCAACAUGGACACAGUCAUGCAAAUGUCUAGUGAUGAGGAGGAAGACUAUGGCAAAAUUCUCUGGAUCAGAAACCUUCCACUGGCUGAUGAAUACAGUGAUGCAGAUUUCCUGAGCAUUGCAGAACUGUAUGGGAAAGUAGCGCACCAUUGGCUGCUUCGUCCCCAUCGAACGGGACUGAUUGAAAUGGAAAAUGCCUCUGAUGCUGAAAAGGUUGUAGCUGCAGCCAACAUGAAUGAAAUUACAAUAGCUGGAAAACAUCCUAAGAUUUCAGUGUCUACAAAACACAGACAUUUAAAUAAAAGGUACUUUAACCAAGGAUGCAGUGAUGGAAUUGUUCAAACACUUGCAGAGUUGGAGGCUGCGGAGGAUGGAUCCAAGACACACAACAAUAUUUCUGACCAGCUGUCAGAAUCAGUGAAUGUCAAGGAGUCCUCUAAUGAUGAACAAGAUAUCAACUCAAAAGGGGAUGAAAAGCAGCUUUCUGCAUCUGAUGACAUAACAGAAAUAAUGGUGGAAAAUUCUGACAGUUCAGAGACACAGGCACAUCUAAAUGAUCCAGCAGGGACAGAGUUUGUUCGACCUGUGGUGGGCUAUUUUUGCAGCUUGUGUAAUGCCAUCUAUGCCAGUGAGGAAGAGGCCAAGAAUGAACAUUGCAGAACUGUCAUGCACCAUCAAAAGCUAAAGGAACGCAUGGAGCAAAAAAGCUCAACAUAAACCUCACAUUAACCAGCCCAAUCCAGAAUUGAUUCACAAACCUGAAUAAAUAAUUGUGUCCUUACUGUCCUUACAUAGUUAAUGUACAUUGUCGAUUUUAACAGAUAAAACAUUUAAAAGUAAAUCAGCUUAACAUAGAAAAUGUUAAAUUGUUUGUACGGUGUUCUUUGUCUUUCUCUCAUAAUUGAUUUUAUUUGAUAUAUGAAAAUCCUGGUUGUAGUAAAUAAAAAAUGUUCUGUGUUUUACUGUAUUGUAAUACAUAUAAACGAUCAAAUAAAUUCUGACCAAAUAAAAUAAGAAUUGUUCAAUUCCCAAA